UCCACCCAAUCCACCCCAUCUACAGCAGAAGAACAUGGUACUGUUCCUCCGGCCGCUCACCAUAACCGCUGCGGCGGCGCUUCUCCGCGCCCCCACCACGUCGAUUCCUACCUUCGUUGCUCCUGGUAGAGCAGCCGGCGGUAGGCGCUGGAGGAGUGUGAGGGCCAGCGCGGGCGGCGGGGGUUGGCUGUCCGGCCUGCUGGGCGGGAAGGGCGGCGGCGGUGCGCCCACGGCGAUGACGGUGACGCCAGGGACCGUGAAGGCCGGCGACCCCGUGCUUCACGAGCCAGCGCAGGAGGUGGCCCCGGGGGACGUGUCCUCCGAGAAGGUCCAGGGCAUCAUCGACCAGAUGAUCGCCGUCAUGCGCAAGGCCCCCGGCGUCGGCCUCGCCGCCCCACAGAUCGGCGUCCCCUUGAAGAUUAUUGUUCUGGAGGACACCCAAGAAUUCAUCAGCUAUGCUCCCAAGAAAGACAUCGAAGCGCAGGAUCGCCGCCCCUUUGAUCUUCUUGUUAUUAUCAAUCCUAAGCUUAAGAAGACGAGUAAAAGAAGUGCAUGUUUCUACGAGGGAUGUCUGAGUGUUGAUGGAUAUAGGGCGGUCGUUGAGCGAAAUUUAGAUGUUGAGGUUUCGGGUUUGGACCGAAAUGGACGCCCCAUUAAGGUGGUGGCUUCAGGAUGGCAGGCACGCAUCCUGCAGCAUGAGUGUGAUCACCUUGAAGGCACUUUGUAUGUUGACAAAAUGGUUCCGAGGACAUUCAGGACGGUUGAUAACUUGGAUCUUCCGCUUGCCACUGGAUGCCCACCUUUAGGUGCACGAUAGCGUUCAUGGCAUUCCAAUUCUCUAUUCAAGUAUAGGUAAUUGGUCUUCCUAGUAUUUGCAAUUUUUUUAUUCCAGUACAAUAUCACAUAUGUGCUUCUCUGGAUUGGUUUUUUUAUAAAUCAUGUGGUGACAGACAUGGAAAUGACUGCGGCCUUGUAUAUCUCGUUGUCAACCAAUUGUAUUACUCCUUAAUAAUAAAGAUGAUUGGUAGAUGAUUUGUACGAUGUCAUUAUGUAUGCGGCCUUGUAUAUCUAGAGUCAACCAAUUGUAACACUCCUUUAAUAAAGGUAAUUGGUCGAUGAUUUGUACGA